AUGGCCGCGGCAUCGGAGCAGACGCCGCUUCUAAAGCACAAGAAUGGAGAGGAGAGCUUCGACUCCAUGAACUACGACGCUGGAAAGUUGGUGACCUUUGAAGUCUUCUGGAAUUUCAGUGGGACAGUGUGGACAAAGGCUUCUUUGUGGAAAAUGAUGGGCAUCCUGUUGCUGAUCGCAGUCUGUGUUGCAUCUUCCGUUGGCUUACUAGUGAGUGACCCGGCCAAACUCGAUGUUGGCCGGUUCCAGCGCAUCAGUACUUUCUUGGAGGUGGUGGUUGGAUUGCUACUUGGUUUCUUUCUGUCGAGCUCAGUACAGCGAUGGUACAACUGUACGAACGGAUUCUUGGAGCUCUUUGAUGCCAUCCGGUCGCUUCACAUGCAGCUAAACGCACUGGGUGUGCCCAAAGAGCGAAUUUACUUGUGCCUGCGCUACUGCGUGGUGUCGGCACGCUGCUUGGACAACGAUCUUAUUGCUGCGGCCAUGGCACCCCCAGAGCGAGCCCAAUUUCUGAAGGAACAGUGGGAGGACCUUUCUGCGGAGGCUGAGGAUGGAGAUGUCUUCGCUGACCGCUCCAGGAGCUUGGCCACACUGCUCCCCAAUGAGCGAGACAUCCUGAAAAAGAUUGAGGAUCCGGCCCAAACAUUGUGGGUGUGGGUUACCUCCCUCCUCACACGAAUGGCAGCAGAUGGCGAGGUACCUCCGAUUCCAACUCCCACCUAUGGCCGCAUCAUUACCAUUGCAGAGCAAGCCUACGGAGGCAUUCGCACAGUCAGGGCCUCCAUGCGUGUGCAGCCUCCGUAUGUGCACGUCCAGAUGAUGGCUGCCCUUGUCCUUGUGAACAACCUCAUCAACGCCGUGAGCUUCGGUAUGACAGCUGGUGUCACCGCCAGCAUGUGCAUCGCGCGCUACCACCCGGGUUCCAACUCGAACAUGCCAGGCUCCGCCGAUGUGUCCCACAGUCUGCAAGACUUGGUCGUCGCUUUGAUUCUCGCGACUGUCGGCCCUUUCCUGUACCAGGCUCUGCUCGAGGUUUCAGUUUGCAUUGCGCAGCCCUUCACGGCAGCGGGUCAUGACGCCCACUCUCCCGGAAGGAUUCCUACUGAGAAGCUCCUGCGCAAUUUGGAGAAGGAUCUACGCGACAUUGAGUUCAUGAGCCAGAACCUCCCAUGGUGGAAGCAGACAUACUUCAAGGAUCGCAAAUGUGAGUGUGGCUGGACCUUUGCACCGCAGCAGGGGCUGGAAAAAGACGAAAAAGUGUUGCAGGAAGGACUGCUUGUCUGCAAGGCUAGCAGGGCGUUGUCUGGGACAAGUGGGGAGACCCCCUUGGAUUCGAGGGCAAACACGCCUUCAGCUCACAGCCGGACUUGGGAAGCCCCGCUAGGAGACGAAAGCCCUAGAAAGGAGCAGACGAACCCAGAGACGAACCCAGGCAGCGCGGAAGUCGAACCCCGGUCGAACGAAGAAGAGCAAGAACUGCGGCAACAAUGCCUCCCAGAAGAGCACGAGCUGCAGCAUGAGCACAAUGAGCAGCCGGACCCUGUACUGGACCAGCAUGACCAGCCGCACUCAGGAAGAGGUGAGGGCGCUGUCGAACCAGCAGGUGAGGCGAGCGAGGCGGACUACCUUUGCAAUGCCAAGGAGGAGCAGGAGGCCACGCCCGAGGCAACACCUAAGGAGCUUGAGUUUGAGACCGCAGUUCUCGCCUUCGCCGAAGCCCUUGAUGAAGACUUGCAACACUUCAGUACCGACCAGCACGAAGCCGACUGCAAUGGUGCCGUAUCCGUGCAAGCUGUGCAAGUCGCGCAAGUCCAGGAGCAGGAGCAUGACGAGACUGAGCAGGCAAGAGCCACGGACUCGAGGGAACCGAGUUCCCUGCCCGCAAGGCCUACGGCAACGGACAACAUCCAUAGCGAGGAGCAGGUUUCGCCUGGGCCUUCGCGGCUCCUCGGCUCGCCGCCGACCAAGACGGAGGAGAACCUCGCUGAAGCUGAGCAGUCCGUCGACCAAGGGGAGCCACUGUGCGUCGCAGAGGGUCAUCGCAGAGCACGGCUUCGUGAUGUCGAGACACAGAUUCCGAGCCCAGCCGAACCUGUAACUUCGGCAGGCGACGCAGGGCCAGAUGGCAAGACGCCAGAGCCGCGUGAGGAUGCAACAGCUGCCAUGGAAACAGAAGCGCAGCAUGCAGGCAAUGACCUGGCACUGGCGGCCGCGCUUGCGCAGCUCCUGACGCCACGAUGCAAGUUGCCCGAUGCGCAGUCCGGGCCAGGCCCAGAGGCUGGCCAUGUACCACAUGCCAGCUGCAGCUCAUCAGGACCAGUGCAGGAGGGCGGGGCUGGCCUGGAGCUCAAUGCGCAGAGUAAGGCAGUGAAGGAGGAGCAGGUGGUUGACUUCAUCACUUCACAGCUGCUCCGCUUGGAUGGCUCCAAGCCGGGCAGGCUGGCGAAAGAGAAGUUGUCAAUGUUUCUCCAGCUUCUGGGCAUGAACGCUGUUGACAUUGAUGAGGCUUUGGACGCGGCCCAGGUAAAGGAUGCAGACGGUAUGAUCGACUACCGGGCUUUCAUGAAGUGGCUCAUGGAGUCCCCCGCCUGA